AGUGUCAGCUCUAUUUCGCCAACGUGCUCGCUUCUUGUGUUUUCCUUAAAUAAUGGUGACCACUGAAGGACAGAUCGAGGAUAGGGAUCGAGACCGGGAGCCGGCGGCACUGAAUUGUACCUCAGCGGUGACUGGACUUCCCCAGAAGCGCUACUACCGCCAGCGUGCGCACUCUAAUCCUAUUGCCGACCAUAGCUUCAAUUACCCCGCCCGGCCGCAGGAUGUGGACUGGCGUUCGCUUUACCCCAGCAUCCAGGAGGGGCAACAGGUGAGCUUCGCGGACAUCGGAUGCGGCUACGGCGGCUUUCUGGUCACCCUGGGCGAAAUGUUCCCUGAAAAACUCGCCAUUGGCAUGGAAAUCCGUGUCAAGGUGUCGGACUACGUGGUGGACAGGAUAACGGCGUUGAGGCACAAGAGUGGCGAAACGGGCGCAUACCAGAACAUUGCCUGCAUCCGGACCAACGCUAUGAAGUAUCUGCCCAACUACUUCGCCAAGGGCCAGCUGGAGAAGAUGUUCUUUCUGUACCCGGAUCCGCAUUUCAAGCGUGCCAAGCACAAAUGGCGCAUCAUCAACCAGGCCCUGCUCUCCGAGUAUGCAUAUGUGCUUAAGAAAGGCGGCCUUGUGUAUACCAUGACUGAUGUGGAGGACCUGCACAAGUGGAUUGUGGCGCAUAUGGAGGAGCAUCCGCUGUAUGAGCGUCUCGACGAACAGGAGGCGAAUACUGACCCCAUCACCCCGAAGCUCUACCAGAGCAGCGAGGAGGGUGCCAAGGUGGUGCGCAACAAGGGCGAUCAUUUCCUGGCAAUUUUCCGUCGUUUGUAGCGACGCGUUUUAUUCUUGUAUAAACGUAAACAAUAAUUUAGGCAAAAUAUUGUAAGUAAUAAAGAUCCAUUGUUAAAUUAA